CAGAACCCUAUGACAUCCCGGACAACCUACUGUCGCUUGUCUUGUUUUCUGUGAACAUCAUUUUUAUUAUGAAAUUGUGAUGUUGCACCAUCUCGAUUAUGUUAUGCGAACUUAUUAAGCAAUGCGGGGCUUAGAAAUCAAUGCGGUGUUCCUUGCAGGAAUGAAAGAAUUGUGGUAUUUCUUAAUAAAAUCACUGUAUAGUCAGUAGUGCAUCAUAUGCAAAUAUGGCUCUGUACGAUAAUCAACAUUGGCUUUUGUCGCACAUCAGGGAUAGCUUUAUAUCCACAGACGAUACAGGAAUGUGUGAGGUGGUUAUGCUGGGAGAGGAUUUACCAAAACAAUUUAAGACUAAUGGAUAUUUGAAUUGCUAUCCAGGAAUGCAGGAUAGCGAUGAUGAAGAUUUAGAUACUUUGGCAGAGUCGUACGACAUACCGAUGGAGAUGGAUUUUGGCCAUAGACAGCGUUCAAAUACAGCGCAACGUCUGGAAAAAAUGGAUCUAGAGCGGAAACAAGCUGCUAAAGUAAAACAUGUAAAAUGGGAACCAAAUCCAGGGAAUAUAUCUUCAGCUGAGCAGUCAGAACUCUUUCAGCGAAAGGAUUUUCGUAAGAAAGAAGAGAAAACAAAUAAACGACACUCCUUACUAUCAGAACAAUUAGAGAAAUGUCCAAAUCUUCCACAAAAUGCUUUCACAGAUUAUGCACGAUUCGACGGAAAUGCACAAGUUGGAAUUCUAGCACGAAAAUACAGAAUAUUCAUGUGCAUGCUGCCCAAGGAGCAACGAGCAUAUCCUCAGCAGGUUGUAGUAAUAGCUACUGCCAAAGUUCAAGAGUUCAUAGGUUUAAUCUGUUUCAAAUAUGCAAGUGAACAUCCAGAUCAUCCUUUGAAAGAAGACAUUACAAAGUAUGGUCUUUACAUUACUGAAGAUGAUGGUGAAGUGGAUUGGGAUUUUCCCUGCUUAGAUCCUAGAGAAACUAUAUCGAAGUUUGAAUUUACUACAUUGGGUCUUGUAGAAAUGAAGCCCAGUGACAGAGCCAGACACAAUACUAUUAUACCUAUAGAAAUACAAAAUGAGGAUGAUCAAGCAGUAAAGGAAAAAGAACAAGAAGAAGUUGCAGAGGACUUAGCUAAAAUGGAAGGCCAUACCACUGCAAUGGAAGCACCUCUAUAUCAAUUAUAUAGGGUAUAUAUAAUUAAUAAAGUGAGAGCAAAGACUGAAAUUCAUCUGGGAAUUUCUGGUGAAAAAAUUGAAAUUGAUCCAGUUCUGACUGGAAAAGGUGCAGGACGAUUUUGGAAUAGACAACGUGCCGUCAGCUAUCACAUAGAUAAUAUUGCUUGGUGUGAAUUGAUUGAGAACAAAGGACCAAAGACAACAUUCACAUUAGUAUACACACCGCAUUCCAAUACAUUGGAUGCCAUUAUAGGUUCAGGAGGACAUCACUCACUUCAUCAGUCAGCAUCUUUCAAAAAUCAUGAUUUUGAGGCAGAUUCAGCAACGGCGGAGGAAAUUGUGCGUAAAAUAAAUCAUAUCCUGGAAUUACGGAGUAGUACAUCAAGAAAGGAAUAUCUGGCACAAAGGGAAAGGAAAGCAGCAAGACGAAAGAGCUUCCACUUGCACAGAUGACAACUCUAUCAGCUGCUGUACUCAAUUUUAGAGUACCUAAAGACUUGAUGAGGCAACCCAUUUUUCAAAAUGGGAAUGAGCAGAAGCUAAUGUUAUUUUGGAAUGUGGAGCGAAUGUUGAUAAGUAAAGCGAUAGCGCCACUUACGCCAUUGAAGACAGUAUUAUUGUAAAUUCACAUUGUUAUUGGUCCUUUUUUUUAAUUACAUUAGUAGUACGCAAGAUAUUUUAAUAAUGCAGGAUGCUGAAUCUCGAUAAUAAAAUAUUUAUAUAUAAGUAUUUGAUACAAUAUACAAUUAUGUAUUUGGUGUUUAACAAUAACUAGAUGCAUGUACCAAUAGUUUGAGACAGUUAUCAAGAAGUUAUAAUCCUGAUUAGAAUCACAUAAUGUGAAAAGAAUUCAAGACAGUGGAGCAUAUUCACAGUUGUAAGUGGUGCAGAAAUAGUUAUUAAGGUUACAACCGUUGCUUCAAAUAUAGCUUAGCUUCUGUAGUAUUGUAUACAAAGUAAUUGCACCAUAUGAUAAAUAAAUUUAUGGAUAAUAUACAAUUUAA